CCCAAUCCAAAUCCAACCACGUAGUCCGAAUGACCAGAAAUCGGAGGCGGGAGCCUCUCUUCUCUCACUCACCCCUGCCACCACUUUCUGCAGCAUGGCGUCGCCGUCCUGCUUCGAAACGCCGUCUUCUGCUCUUUCUUCCUCUUCAAAAAUAGAGUGGGGCGAGAAGGUCUCGGACAAGGUGUUCUCACUCUACAACUCUCUUCCCAAGAAAGGCAAGCCUCAGGGUCGCGAAGUCACCGUCUUGGCCGCUUUCCUCGUUUCCUCUCCUUCUCAAGAAUUGGAAGUUGUCGCGUUGGGAACUGGGACCAAAUGUCUUGGGCGUUCACUCUUGAGCUCCAACGGUGAUGUCGUCAAUGAUUCCCACGCCGAGAUUAUAGCCCGAAGAUCUUUACUGAGGUUCUUCUAUGCACAGAUUCAGUGUCUUACUCAAGUUUAUAGUAAGCAAAGUGAUAGCAAUGGAAGCACACAAUUCCAAAAUGGUGAUGCCAAAAACUUGCUUUUUGAAUUGGACCCUAAUGGUGAUGGCCAAGGAAAAUACAAACUGAGGAAGGGUUUGCAAUUACACUUGUACAUAUCACAACUACCAUGUGGGGUUGCAUCUCCGAGUUCACUGUUGUCUCCCCCAAAAAACAUCUCACCAACAGAACGGGGUUCAUCUUUGGACGAGCUUAAUGUUUCAAUAAAUGAAGAGGCUCUGCCAAAUACUAAUGGUGAUGCUUCACAACUAAUUGGCUCGGUUCAAAGAAAGCCUGGUCGUGGUGAUACAACUUUAUCAGUUAGUUGCUCUGACAAGAUGGCUCGUUGGAAUGUAGUUGGAGUUCAAGGAGCUCUGCUUUCAUUCUUUCUGCAACCUGUUUACCUCUCUUCCAUUACUGUUGGACAAUCGCCUCACGGCUCUGAAAUGGUUCUUGUGGUUGAUCGCUUGAAACAAGCGCUGCAUGAUCGCAUUCUACCAUUGUCAAAUGAGCUAAUGAGUCCCUUUCAAGUGAACCAGCCACUAAUAUGGGCAGCUCCAAUGCCACCAAAGGAAUUUCAGCAUUCCAAGACUGCUUUGACCACUUUAACAUGCGGGUAUUCAAUAUGUUGGAAUAAGGCUGGUUUGCAUGAAGUCAUUCUUGGAACCACUGGAAGAAAGCAAGGCACCGCUGCCAAAGGAGCACAUUAUCCGUCUACUGAGUCAUCUUUAUGCAAAAAGCGGCUGUUGCAGAUUUUCUUGUCCCUAAGACAUGAAUGCCCUGCCAAUAUCCCAGUCAAUCAGAUUUCGUAUCGAGAAAUCAAGGAAAUGGCGCAGGAAUUCAAUUUAACCUCAAAAAUUCUAAAAAGAAGACCUCCCUUUAUUAAUUGGCCUCUGAAACUCCCACAUUUUGAGGCAUUCUCUGCCAUGAUAUAGUGAGGCCAGUGGAUACUCAGAGUGAAUACUCAGUAUAUGUGUGUGGUUCGACAAGGACAGUUCUGCCAGCUUCAAGAAUAUAAUAUAAAGGGAAGGGUCUGUGUUGGUAUAACAAGGGAAAGUGCAUUGUUUCACCUGUCGGCUGUCAAUGCUUUAAAAUGCACCUUUCAGCAUAUCAUCUCUUCAUGAAACAAGCUGGUAGGAGAUUCACAGUUAAUGUCUCGGUUCAGUUUGCUUACUAGCAGCAGCUGCACGACUUUUUCGUGAGUAAACUUUUAGUGCCACCGUGGAUGAAGGUUUGAUCCUCUGGUUUUAACUCAUGUUGUUGAUAGGAAAACUUCAAGUGGAAGUGUUACUAGGAUGGUUAUUUGAACAUACAAGAGAAGUUAGACGAAUGAUACGAAUAUUAUGGAGAGCUUGAAUCAGAAAAUAUAUUUUUCUUUGCCUGCAUUUGGUUGUUAAUAUUGAUUAAUGAUAUAUUAUUCUGAA